GUGCACGUCCUCGAGAAAUAAAGUGAAAAGGAGGAAAAGGGGGAUGAGGAAGAGGAAAAAUACAGAGGAAGCGUGAACCCGCCGUCUUCUUCUUCUGCUGCAGUGUCUGCUGCUCCCUCCACCGCCUUCAUCAUCCUCAACAUCAUCAUCCUCUCCUCCCUCCUGCUGUCUGUCUUGGCCCCCCUCCCCCUCCCCUCCUCCUCUUCACCCCUCCCCUCCUCCACCUCCUCCUCCUCCAUCGCGCUCUCCGCCAGUGAAGGCAUGGCCAGAUUUCACAGCGACAAAAGAGAGAGAGAGGCUGGUAGAGAGACCUCGACGGAGACUGCGGGAGAGUGAGCGAAGGAGGCUGCAGACUUCUCGAGCAGAGAGGAAGAGGAGAGGAGGAAGAAGAGACAGAUAGAGGAGUCUCCAUCUUCGCCAUUUCAUGUUUUGUGCUCUGCAGAUCAUGACUCUGGAGGACGGCGUCUGAGCGCUUCGUCAGGUACCAAGACUCUUCAACGACGAGACCAGCAGCAGAUCGAGGCAGAACCGAGCUCUGACCAGAUGGAGGUGAAUGCAGUUGAAAAACACCAUCGAACACGAUCCAAAGGAGUCCGAGCUGCCGUGGAGGCCGUGACGCAGGAGCUGUUCAGCUGUCCCACGCCGGGCUGCGACGGCAGCGGCCAUGUUAGCGGGAAGUACGCGCGCCACCGCAGUGUCUACGGAUGCCCGCUGGCCAAGAAGAGGAAGGCUCUGGAAAAACAGCCACUGGAGCCGGCUGCCAAGAGAAGAAGCUUCCUCGCGUCCUGCCCCAGCGAGGAGGAGGAGGACGCCCGUGUCUAUGCCAGCUAUGAGAACGAAGCCAUGGAGGUGGGGGAUGUGGAGAAGGAGCAGGGCGAGGUAGUGGAGGAGGACGAGGACGAGGAGCGCGAGGGCGACGAGGAGGACGGGGAGGUGGAGGACGAGUUCUCAGAGGACAAUGAGGAGCAAGGGGAUGAUGAAGAGGACGAUGAGGAGGAGGAAGAGGAGGUGGGGAGGGCAGAUACGAUGAUGGUGGAAGAGCGGGUGGAGGAGGAGGAGGAGGAGGAGGGCAUGGAUGAGGAGGAGGAGGAAGAAGUGGAUGAUGGUGAUGAUGAGGAGGAAGAAGACGAGCAAGAGGAGGAGGAGCAGAAUCAUCAGCAAGUGGAGAACCACUACAAAGCCGCUGGACAAUCAAAGCUUCUUCCAAUCCAGAAGGACGACAACAACAACAACAGCUGCGGCGCCGGCACCGGAGAAGAGUACGAGAACUACGACGAGCUGGUGGCCAAGUCGCUGCUCAACCUGGGCAAGAUCGCCGAGGACGCGGCCUACCAGGCCAUGACGGAGUCCGAGAUGAACAGCAACUCCUCCAACAGCGGCGCCGAGGACGAGGACGAGGACGAGGACGACGGCAGCGAGCGCGGCGGCCGGAAGGGCGCGCUGAGCGUGGACCUGGACAGCGACGUGGUCCGCGAGACGGUGGACUCGCUCAAGCUGCUGGCGCAGGGCCACGGCGCCGUGCUGCCCGAGGACGGCUACGGCGACGCCGCCGUGCUGGAGGAGAGCGAGGAGGAGGUGUGUCUGAGCAGCCUGGAGUGUCUGAGGAACCAGUGCUUCGACCUGGCCCGAAAGCUGAGCGAGACGCAGACGCCGGAGCGGCCCGUCCUCCACGCCGCCCACGACGCGCUGCCGAGCGCCGCCGAGCAGCAUCACCUGAGCAGGUACGACGGCGUCCAGCCGGCCGCGCCCGAGGAGCCCCGCGCGCUGGAGCGCAGCUACUCCGACAUGGUGAACCUGAUGAAGCUGGAGGAGCAGCUGAGCCCCGCCUCCAGAGGGUACCCCACCAGCUGCAGCCAGGAGGGCGACGAGGACACCACGUCGGUGGCGUCCGACCGCUCCGACGACACCUUCGACAUGGCCAAGGGCAACCUGUCGCUGCUGGAGAAGGCCAUCGCCCUGGAGUCGGAGAGGGCCAAGGUCAUGAGGGACCGCAUGGCGCUGGAGCACGGCGGGCCGCGCCGCGACCACCACCACCACCACCACCACCACCGCUCCCACGGCGAGCACAGCCCGCGGCUCAGCAGCGUGGCGGAGGAGCGCAAGUCCAGGAUGCACCACGACGGCCUGAAGAGGGCCUUUUACCCGAAAGACUCCUCCAGGGCAGAGAAGAAGGAGAGCAAGUGUCCGACGCCCGGCUGCGACGGCACCGGCCACGUGACGGGCCUGUACCCGCACCACCGCAGCCUGUCCGGGUGCCCCCACAAAGACAGAGUCCCGCCUGAGAUCCUUGCCAUGUAUGAAAAUGUUUUAAAGUGCCCCACUCCUGGCUGCUCUGGACGGGGCCAUGUCAAUAGCAACAGGAACUCGCACCGCAGUCUGUCCGGCUGUCCCAUCGCCGCCGCAGAGAAGAUGGCGAAGGUCCACGAGAAGACUCACUCCACCGACAGCGGCAGCAGCAAAACCAACCAGACGUCGGACCGGGUGCUCAGACCCAUGUGCUUCGUGAAGCAGCUCGAGAUCCCUCAGUACGGCUACAAGAACAACGUUCCCACCAGCACCCCGCGCUCCAACCUGGCCAAGGAGCUGGAGAAGUACUCCAAGACCAGCUACGACUACGCAGACUUCGACGGCCAGCACGGCGCCUACGCCAAGAGGCCGCCGCCCACCAAGGCCCACCACGGGAGAGACCCCUCCCCCAAAGGAUACGACGCCAAGCGCUACUGCAAGACGUCGAGCCCGGCCAGCAGCACCACCAGCAGCUACGCUCCCAGCAGCAGCAGCAGCCUGAGCUGUGGAGGAGGCGGCGGCGGAGGAGCAGGCGGCGGCGGGGGAGGCAGCAGCGCCAGCAGCACCUGCAGUAAGAGCAGCUUCGACUACACCCACGACAUGGAGGCGGCCCACAUGGCGGCCACGGCCAUCCUCAACCUGUCCACCAGGUGCCGGGAGCUGCCGCACGCGCUGGGAGGGAAGCCCCAGGACCUGCUGACUCAGAGUCCGGUCGGGGACCUGGACGACAGCGGCGCCGUGGACGUGGCGGGUCAGCCCGGCGGGCCGGAGGGCAGCGGCACCGUGCUGACGCCCCUGCAGCCCAUGUCGCCGCAGCGCCAGGCUCUGCUCAGCAGCCGCUGCUACCAGCUGAGCGACGCCGACUGCUGGGACCUCCCCGCCGACUACACCAAGAUCAAACGCCUGGGAGACGAGCAGGACCACAAAGAGUCUGUCUAUUUCUCAUCCCUGCACCAGGGCGACGAGCUGGAUCCGUUCCAGGAGCUGCUGGACGAGCAGCGCUACCCGGCCGAGGUGACCAUGCCCAGCCCCAAGCACCACAAGUACCCGGCCUGCAAGGAGAGCAAGAAGGAGCUGAUCACGUUGUCCAGCUGCCAGCUGAGCGACAAGAGCAUCCGUGGGAUGAUGACGACCAACUCACAGGAGCUGAAGUGUCCGACUCCCGGCUGCGAUGGAUCCGGACACAUCACCGGGAACUACGCGUCCCACAGGAGCCUGUCCGGGUGUCCACGCGCCAAGAAGAGCGGCAUCAAGAUCCUCCACAGCAAAGAGGACAAGGACGACCAGGAGCCCAUCAAGUGUCCCGUCCCCGGCUGCGACGGACAGGGUCACGUGACCGGGAAGUACGCGUCCCACCGCAGCGCCUCCGGGUGCCCCCUGGCGGCCAAGCGGCAGAAGGACAGCUACGUCAACGGCUCGCAGUUCGUCUGGAAGUCCGGCAAGACGGACGGGAUGACCUGCCCGACCCCCGGCUGCGACGGCUCGGGACACGUCAGCGGCAGCUUCCUGACUCAUCGGAGGUUCAGUCUCCAUCUGUCCGGCUGCCCUCGAGCCACCUCCGCUAUGAAGAAGGCCCGGAUGAGCGGCGUAGAGAUGUUGACAAUCAAGCAGAGGGCGAGUAAAGGGAUCGAAAAUGACGAGGAAAUCAAACAGCUGGAUGAAGAAAUCAAAGAUCUGAAUGAAUCAAACAAUCAAGUAGAGUCUGACAUGAUAAAGCUGAGGACGCAGAUCACCACCAUGGAGACCAACCUGAAGUCCAUCGAGGAGGAGAACAAGGUGAUCGAGCAGCAGAACGACUCGCUGCUGCAUGAGCUGGCCAACCUCAGCCAGUCGCUCAUCAACAGCUUAGCCAACAUCCAGCUUCCACACAUGAGACCGCUGCCACAGAAAGAAGCCCCAGUAAAGCAUAACUGCUGUUUACAGAUGCCUCCCAGAGAGCCCAUGAAUGAACAGAACUUUGACACUUAUGUAAGUACUCUGACAGACAUGUACACCCACCAGGACCAGUACCAGAGCCCGGAGAACAAGGCGCUGCUGGAGAACAUCAGACAGGCCGUGCAGGGCAUCCAGGUCUGAGCAGAAACAGCUAAAAAAGUCACGAGGGAGAACGGUCGUUGUUUGCUUGUGUCAUCUGCCAUCGCUCUUUGGUUUCUCCUGCUGUUAUGCUCUCCACUCCAUGGGUAUCUUUUCUAUCAUUUUGGUUGUUGUUGCCUUGCUUUGAAAAACAAUUCCCAUUUGAAAUGAACAUUCACGUUUUGUACAUUUUCAUAUGACCCAAUAUAAUGUGAUGUAAUGUUUAUAGCUGCUAAUGUAUGCACAUUCUAGUGUAUAUGUAUGUAUUUAUUUAUUGUAAGCUCCAGUCAUUUCUUACUUUAAUGAGACUUACAUGCGCUGAGGAACUGGGCCUCACAGUUUUAACAGGAUCAGAGCAGUGAAGGGGAACAAUCGGCGGCGUUUCCCACGAGCUGGAGGCCGGAGCCGUCGGCGGCGUGAACUCUGCUUGGUUGAAGUGGGCCGUGCCACACACUCUUACUGUAAAUGUUUAAACCGAGGAGAUCCCAAACAUCACGACACGGAAACCUACUGGUGCAAAUCCCAUCACCCCCUUCCAAGUUGUUUCCUUUCUAACUGUUCUCCUCUUUCGCUUUCCUUUCUUCACACGAUGAACGAAGCAGAGAGAACAAAGCUACAGAAAACGGAGGAGACAAUCUGCCCUUUGACUUUAUUUUAAUCAUCCGUCUUGACUAGCUAAUAGGACAAUGUGUCAGCAAUAUUGGUAUGAUAAAGAUUAAAUUUGUUUGUUUAGAUAUGGGAUGCAAUCUCUGACAAAUGUUUGGGUAUAUGCAAUUUCUUAUGAAUAAAACUAGCAACGAGCUGACAGGUCUUUUUACUGACUGCGUUUUGUACAAACCUUUUACUACAAUCAUGCUGUAGGAACCUGACACGGGUGAAAGGACUUUGGUUCUGUCAUGUUCAACUUUGCACAGGGACGCCUUUGUUUCCAUGUUUUGAUGUUUUUGUUGUGGAUGAAGAGGUGUAACGUUUGUAGAUAGGCUUUUUCUUUGAGGCUGAUGGCUCCACUGGACUUACAGGGUUAACUGUCCCCAUCUCUCAUUGUAUAUUGCACUCAUUCUGUAGAAAACGUCUGUUCACUCAUGCGUCUUAGUGUCUGAGCUGCAGUGGGACGUGAUGCCAGACGACAUGAUGACGACAUUUUUUAUUGUCUUUGAUAGUUAUUGAAAAGAAGAGCCAGCAGUAGUUAGGCGAUCUCUGUGCACUGAUUUUACUGACCGAGGAGUCGAUGUGGACUGAUCUGGUCUGGCCUCACGGCGACGUCUGGUCCAAAAUGGCAGUAGUGAUGAUGCAGGUUUUCUGAAUACCGUUCAUGCAUGCACUUUACUGGAGCAUCUCUUAGUAGUAUCAUGUGACAGAAACUGUUUUUGAUAAAACGAGCUGGUGACGCCUGUUAGAGAGUAACAUGGGUGUUGAUUUAAAGGAAAACUCCCCCUUUGUCCCAUCAGUCACUCUGUUCUAUUUUCAGUAUACACGUCAAAAGUUAAAUUUGCUGCUGAAAUGUGUCAUUUGCGCUGGAAGCGUUUGUUGAAAGGAGCCUGCAAGGCAACAGAAUGACCGAAGCCUUCAAAAGCUCAGAGCAUUCAAAAAUGCUGCAUUUAAAGUAACAUAUGUUUGAAAGGUUUGUUUUGGCUAAACUGAAUAUAUUGGAGAAUAAAAAACUCAGAGGCAGACUUUAAAAUCUGGGGGGGCGCUGCCUCCCUCGGCCCCCUGUAGAUCUGCCCCUGUCACAACCUGCUGGUUAUCAGUGGGAGAGUUGAAUGAAAACACUAAACUGCCAACAGGGGGCGUUUUCCUUCAAAGACCUCUUCCAUGGCUUCAUCUCUGGCCAAAGCUUCGUGUCUGCAGCUUGCUGCCACUGAACUACUGCAUUAGAUAGACUGACGGCUUGUAUUUUGUAUUCUUACUGAUAACAAAGGAAAUGGGACUUAAAGCACAAUUCUGCCACUUCAAGGAUAGACUAGAUAUUGUAAUAUCAGAUGUAAAAGCUAAACUGUAACUAUUUACAUAGAGAAUCGCAAAACUAACUUGUGACAUGCAAAUAAAUCCAUGUGAAUAUUUGUGAAACCAUCACUUUAAGACAAUGUUACUUUCUUUUGAGCAGUGCAUUGCGAAGGUUUUUAUACAGCAUUCGUUUGCUCCUCGCCCUUUACUCUCUUCUCUCCCUGUCUCUCUGUUACUUGCAGCCUUUCAGCAUCACUUUUCUUAACACAUCGCAUGAGUUUUGUUGAUAUUUUUGCUGUAUGUUUAAGGACAUGCGUUGCUACGUGAUAUUUUAAUUUGACUUGUGAAGUUUGUACAAUUUUUAUCAUGCUGGUGUUGGCAUCUCUUGCUCUGAAUAAAUCUUGUGUUGCAACACUAACGGCAA